AGGAGGUAGAGAACAUCUUGGGAAGAAGGAAAGAAGAAAAGAAGACUUAGUGAUAUCAACUCAAAGUGAGCACUGCUUCUCUUGGACUUAGUCUGGAAAUUUCCUCAGGAUGAAACUUCAGACAUUUCGGGUUUUUAUUUGAAGACCACCAUGAUGAAAGUGCAUUCUCAAAUUGAAAAGUUUGAAUGGGAACAAAAAUGAAUCUUAUUGAACACUCCCAUAUACCAGCCAUGGAUGACUUUUCUCUUUCUGAAAAUUUAUUUGGUAUGCUAACAGAACAAGCAGCAGGUCCACUGGGACAGAAUCUAGAUGUGGAGCCAUAUUCACAAUACAACAAUGUUCAGUUUCCCCAAGUUCAACCACAGAUUUCCUCAUCAUCCUAUUAUUCCAACCUGGGUGUCUACCCCCAGCAGCCUGAAGAGUGGUAUUCUCCUGGAAUAUAUGAACUCAGACGAAUGCCAGCUGAGACUCUGUACCAGGGAGAGACUGAGAUGGCAGAGAUGCCUGCAACAAAGAAGCCCCGAAUGGGUACAUCCGCAGGGAGAAUUAAAGGGGAUGAGCUGUGUGUUGUUUGUGGAGACAGAGCAUCUGGAUACCAUUACAAUGCACUGACCUGUGAGGGGUGCAAAGGUUUCUUCAGGAGAAGCAUUACCAAAAAUGCUGUGUACAAGUGUAAAAAUGGGGGCAACUGUGUGAUGGAUAUGUACAUGCGAAGGAAGUGCCAGGAGUGUCGGCUAAGGAAGUGCAAAGAGAUGGGAAUGUUGGCUGAAUGUAUGUAUACAGGCUUGUUAACUGAAAUUCAGUGUAAAUCUAAACGACUGAGAAAAAAUGUGAAGCAGUAUGCAGAUCAGACCAUUAAUGAGGACAGCGAAGGACGGGACUUGCGACAAGUGACCUCAACGACUAAGUCAUGCAGGGAGAAAAAUGAACUCACCCCAGAUCAACAGAAUCUUCUACAUUAUAUUAUGGAUUCAUAUAGCAAACAGAGGAUGCCUCAGGAAAUCACAAAUAAAAUUUUAAAGGAAGAAUUCAGUGCAGAAGAAAAUUUUCUCAUUUUAACAGAAAUGGCUACCACUCAUGUACAGAUUCUUGUAGAAUUCACAAAAAAACUUCCAGGAUUUCAGACUUUGGACCAUGAAGACCAAAUUGCUUUGCUAAAAGGGUCUGCGGUUGAAGCUAUGUUCCUCCGGUCAGCUGAGAUUUUCAAUAAGAAACUGCCAGCUGGACAUGCUGACCUAUUGGAAGAAAGAAUUCGAAAGAGUGGUAUCUCUGAUGACUAUAUCACACCUAUGUUUAGUUUUUAUAAAAGUAUUGGGGAAUUGAAAAUGACUCAAGAAGAGUAUGCUCUGCUUACAGCGAUUGUUAUCCUCUCUCCAGAUAGACAAUACAUAAAGGAUAGAGAGGCAGUGGAGAAACUUCAGGAACCACUGCUCGAUGUGUUACAAAAACUGUGCAAGAUUCAUCAGCCUGAAAAUCCUCAGCAUUUUGCCUGUCUUCUGGGUCGCCUGACGGAAUUGCGGACAUUCAACCAUCACCACGCUGAGAUGCUGAUGUCAUGGAGAGUGAACGAUCACAAGUUCACCCCACUGCUCUGUGAAAUCUGGGAUGUGCACUGUUGAGCUCCUUUCCCCCCUUGUAAUAUAAAUCUGAUGUAUGACUUUCCUUUAUUUCAUUUGUACUUGGUUUCACUCAAGAAUCUUGAUGAAUAUUUAUGCAGUAAUUAUAUAACUUACACAGCUGUAAAUAUGGGGUUAGAUAGAAUUACUUCUCUAUAUUAUAUUUUACAAGGCUUCAGGGAAUCCUACUUUCUAAUUGGCAUGCCCUGUUGCCUAAUUAAAUUGAUUGUCACUUCUAUUCUGUCUGUUGAACUGGGGGAAACCCCAUUUUGCUUUCUCUUACCCUAUUGCUUAUAUUUUGUUAAAGAGUUGUGUUCAAUUUUAGCAAUAAACUGAGCAUAAUGGCAAAAGGCUUUUCUCUGGGAACAAAAUUUGACAAAUAUUUCUUUAAGUGAUGUAAGACAUCCUGUAGAACCUGGGGGGGUGGUAAUUUACAGAAAGAUAAAUCUUUAUAACUCAAUGGUCCUUUUCUCGUGCCUGGAGAAGUCAUGGUGCACAUUCUUUCAUUCAUAAUAGCCCUGUGAUCAUUUCAUUUUCUUUGAAGUUCAAAGAGAAUAGAAUAGAGAAAAGUUAAUGAUUUUCAUGUAAAAUAUCCCCUCGAGGCAUCCCUUUUCUCCCUAGUUGCAGUCUUGACACUGCAUUUACAAAUUGAGAGCAGGCAGAUAACUACAGUGAGGGAACAUACCCUUAUCUCUCUUAAAGCGCUCACUAGUGGCUCCAGUGUAUACAAUUAAUCACUUUUGCAUUUGUUUUGUUUUGCUAUUUGAAAACACUCCUACAGCUGGGUGCACAGCUGUUGUAUACUUCCCCCAAAGCAGGAAUUGGUUCAUUUCCUUCCUUCAUUGUUCUAGGCUGCUUUCUUCUCCCCAUUAUUCUUUGGUGAAUACAAAAACACACCUUCUAUAA